CACGCACUACAACAGGAGUAUCAUUCCGCCGUCCGCCCGAGAAGGGUGACUGCUGACUCCAAAUAUUUUGUGCUAGUGUCUUAGUUAAACACAAACCGCCACCAUGCAUGAUGUAUUCUCCAGUAUUCAGAAUCUUAUGAAAAUAGAUUCCAUUCACAUCGACAAUAAUAUUUUCAGGCUUCACUACAAGGCAACGAUGUUCAUAUUGGUGGCGUUUAGUUUAUUGAUAACACAGAGACAGUACUUUGGUGACCCCAUCGACUGUCUGGUAGAGGGUGUAGACCAAAAUAUCAUGGACACGUACUGCUGGAUCCACUACACCCACACCAUCCCUUCCUUGACGGGGGGCGUGACGGGCUUGGAUGUGGCUCACCCGGGUGUCGCUUCUGAUGCAAUCCCCGGCCAAAAAGUGAAGCUUGAGGUUAAGCAUCACAAGUAUUAUCAGUGGGUUGCACUCUUCUUAUACUUACAGGCCCUCAUGUUCUACAUUCCUCGGUACUUAUGGAAGAUGUGGGAAGGUGGUAAAGUGAAGAUGUUGGUGACAGACCUCCAUUCUCCAAUCUUGGACGAAGACGCCAAGAUGACCCGCAAGAAAAUGUUGGUCAGCUACUUCCGUAUUAACCUAAACAAGCAGAACCUGUACAUGUUUAAAUUCAUAUUUUGUGAAAUUUUAAAUUUUAUCAACAUCAUCGGCCAGAUCUACUUCACUGACAGGUUCCUGGGCUAUGAAUUCACGACAUAUGGUUCUCGCGUAGUUGACUUCAGUGAGCAGCAGUUAGGGUCGCGCCAUGAUCCCAUGGACGAGGUGUUCCCCAAGGUGGCCAAGUGUACCUUCACUAAGUUUGGUGCUUCUGCCACUCGCGAGAAAUUCGAUGGCCUCUGUGUGCUUCCUCUUAAUGUUGUCAGCGAAAAGAUCUUCAUUUUCCUCUGGUUCUGGUUCAUCAUCGUGGCAGUGUUCUCAGCUGUGGGGCUGGUGUACCGCAGCAUUACCUUCGUUCCGGCGGUGAGGCGGAUACUGCUGAGGGUCAGGUCUCGCCUCUCUACAGGAGACACUGUAGAAUAUAUUGCUGACAAGUGCGCGAUUGGUGACUGGUUCUUCCUCUACCAGUUAGCAAAGAACAUGGAUCCGUUGAUCUACAAAGAGUUUAUCAACGAACUGGCUUAUGACCUUCAGGGGAAAAGCGCGUAAAACUUGGCAUAGUGUAGUGAAGUUCCAGACAAAGUGUUUAUCUCGUAAGUGCUGUGUUACAUGUUUGAAACUUGUCUUAUUUGUUACUGAAAUAGAAAAGUCUUAUACACGAAGUCAAAUGUGGGAUUAAUCUUCUUUAUACUACGCAAUAUGCAACUUAUUCUGUGUUGUAAAUAUUAUUUUUUUAAAUAAAAAGCGAUAGAUAUUCAAAUUGCCACACACACACACACACACACACACACACACACACACACAUAUAUAUAUAUAUAUAUAUAUAUAUAUAUAUAUAUAUAUAUAUAUAUAUAUAUAUACUUUCAAACUAAUAUGCCAGUACAAUGAUCAAUGGGUAAGAAUUACAGGUUGUGAAUAGUGUGCAAUGUAUAAUGGAUCAUCGUACAAUACGUCGACUAUGCCACAAUAAUCUUACACUGUGUAGUCGUUUCAUGAGUCUACUGUUAAUAAAACAGGAUCUGUGUUUCUUUAAAUUACUCCUGAAUUUGUGAAUUAUUUUUUUUUAGAGAGAGAGGUUACAUUUAUAAGUAAAUUUUAUUUUAUAAUGGGGUGUUCAUUGCUCUAUAAGUAAGAGGUAUGUUGUAUAUGUGUAUUUGUUAUUACGGUAAAACAUUCCAUAAUAUAACUAAGGUGUAUUCAUGAACGCUAAUAAAGCCACAACUAUUAUUUUAA